CUACUGCGCUUAAGUCCUAAUUUUUCAGAGUUAUGGGUUUUCAAGAAUUUUUGUUGAAUACUUUUUUCUAGACCAAAAAAGAAAAAAAAAAAAAUGCCCAUUCCUCGGGUUCUUCUGUCUUUCUCCAAACGCUGUCCUGGGCCACUGCUCCAAAGGUUACUCUCUUCUUAACCCUUAAAAACCCUUUCGUUUUUCAUCCCCCUUGUCUCCUGUAAAAUUGUGUUUUGGGAUAUGGGUUUUGAUUCUGCAAAUUGGGUGUUCAGUAUGCUCGUUUUGUCUUUUUUUCCUUCUCUUGACAUGGGUACCACUGAGUUUAGAUGGUUAUUCACAACCAGGAUAGAUGAAUGUGUUUUGUUUCUCUGUUAAAUUCUGGGUUAUGUAGCUAAUGUUUAGUUCGUAAUGCUAGGACUGGUUUGAUGCAGGAAUCGUUUUUUGAGUAAAACUCUGGGUAUAUUACCUGUAUCUUUAUCAAGAUUGGAACUUUUGGGGUUCUUUUUCUGUGCAGUCAAAUGGGUUUUGAUGGGCUUAGCCAUUGAUAAGUAAACAUGUUUGCCUUCUAUUUAAUUUUACUCUGUUAGAAGGAUAUAUCAUGUUUUGACAUAUUUUUGGAAUGAGGUUAUGGGGUUUAUUACAACAUGGGCACGCGUUGCUUGCAGUCUUAGCUUUUUGAAUACUUGCUAAAUUACCUGUAUUUGGAGCAGGUUUCGUUCGUCUAGACAAAUCCAUUCUGGCAGCUAUGCAAAAUCAUCAAAAAAGAGUAAUGCAAAGGGAGAACCCAAUCCUGUAUUGCAAGUAGAAGAGCAGGCUUCUCAAUCAGGAUCCUCCAAUAGGAGUUAUCUUGUUCCAGCUGCUUUACUAGGGAUUGGUGGAUUUGCAACUUUUCUGCGCUACAAUGGUGAGAGGAGAGCAAUUCCAAAAGGUACUUGUUUUGCUAUUUCCUUAUAUUUCUUUGAGUGACUCUUACUGUUUACCCAAGAUUUUUUCUUCAGUAGGGAGUAUUUGGUCUGAGGAUUCAUGCUUUCAUAAUGAUUGGGGAUUGCAUUUAAAGAGGUCUAUUUAAACUUGGGCUUUGAGUGUGUGGAAGAAAGUUAUGUAAUCAAUCAUAUCUGUGUGGAUUUCAAUCAGACGUUCGUUGUACUAUAAUCUGGCCUUUUGGCACAUAGACUGGCAAACCACUGCAGCCAGAAAAUUAACAAUUGUAUCAUUAGUUUACCUGUGCAUUCUUGAUUUAUUUAUUGAAUAAGAAAGAACUUUGCUUUUAUGUAGACUCAUGAAAGAUAGACUAGUAAAGCUUUUGGGAAGACAGAAAAUGUAGAAAUUUAUCCAUAGAGCCUUGAGUGUUUCUGUUAUUGUUUAUACUGGAAGGAGGAUGCUCACACAUUUUUGUGUAUUUAUGUCAAGAAUACCUUUUUGCCUUUUCUAGAUGGUAAUUUAUUUGAUCUUGUGAUCUGGCCUUGUAAAUAAGCAUUGAAUCUGCACUUGAAGGGUGAACAUGUGUCCUAGAUUGUUAAGAUAAUGAUUGAACUUAUAGAACUGGCUGGCCCUUUCUAUGACU